AUGUUUGAUCCAGGCGCUGCCCGGAACGGAAAUUUUAUAAAUUAUUAUUCUUUUAAUCCGCCAUCGGAAAGGUUAAAGUUCAUACCUAAAGAUUUACUAAUACAGGUCUGCUGGGAAAACUGUGAAGCAAGGCAAGAGUACAAAUAUGAAGAUAGCGGUAGAAAAGUGUUUUUGUUGUUGGAUGUUGGAUGCAACUCUGGGGAACUAACAAGAAACUUGUUUAAUCAAUUUAGUGAAGAUCCUAACGCUAAGCCUAACAGUCACAGUUUGUUCACCAUGAAAAUAUUAGGAAUCGACAUUGAUCCGGUUUUAAUUGAAAGAAGUGAAGAAUGCAAUCAAAAUUCCGAGAAACUUUCGUUUAAAAUGGCAGACAUCAUGUCAGAAAAAGACAGAUCAACUGUACUUGAAAGUUUUUUGAAAGAAAAUUAUUCUCUCCAAUUUGACAUUUCAUUUCUUUUUUCAAUUACGAUGUGGAUUCAUUUAAAUAAUGGUGAUGACGGAUUAAAAAAUUUUUUACUGUACAUUUGUCAAAUUUCAAAGUGCAUUCUCUUGGAGCCACAGACUUGGAAAAAUUAUAAAUCUGCAGUUAGGAGGAUGAAACGUUCUAAAAGUGAACCUUUCAAACAUUUCCCCAGCCUAAAAUGGCGUGAGAAUGUUGUGAAUGAAAUUUGUGAAUUCCUAACUGAAUCUUGUUCUAUGAAUCUUAUUAAAAAGUUUGGAGAGACAGGUUGGGAUAGAAGUUUGCUUUUGUUUAAAAGAAGUAAAUGA